CUCACUUUACAGAGACUUUGGGAAAAUGACCUGCAUUAAAAAAAAGAAAAAGCAACAGCUUAGAUUAAUGUAAUUUAAGUUAAUUUUCAGACUUUUAUGGUGCUACAGGUAUGUCCUUGCUCUAAAUUAGCCCACGGUGUCCGGAGGAUAUUUGCUCAAACUACAACACGUGGAUUCAUCGCUGUUUGGACAUUUUCCGGAUUCGACGGAGGAACUGAGGCAGCCGAGUGGUUUAAAACACUUCACGUCCAGCUCAAAGUCAACUGCUUACAACAUGGAGUAUCUGCCGGAUAAAAACUCCAGCUACAAAGACGUUGCCUACUGGGAUGACAGGUACAGGACGGAGCAGCACUAUGAUUGGUUGGGCAAUUUCUCCAGUUUUAAGCACCUUCUGGAAAAAAUCAUCAAAAAAGAAGAUUCCAUCCUCAUACUGGGUUGUGGAAACAGCAGUUUGGGUGGAGACAUGUACGGUGCCGGCUACCAUGCGAUUACCAACAUAGACUACUCCUCGGUUUGCAUCAGCGCUAUGAGUGCCAGGUACAGCAGUUGUCCUGGUAUGACCUGGCAUCAGAUGGACGUUCGUCAACUCUCCUUUGCUGAUGCAUCCUUUGAUGUUAUCCUUGAGAAGGCCACUCUGGAUGCCAUCAUGGUUGAGGAGAAGUCACCAUGGGAGGUCUCUCCUGAAACGUCAUCCUUCAUUCAUCAAGCUCUCAUUGAGAUAAGUCGCUGCUUGAAACCCGGAGGCUGCUUCGUCUCCAUUACGUUCGCGCAGCCCUUCUUCAGGAAACGUCUCUACGCACGGACCGUGUACAACUGGUCAGUCAGACAUGACAGUUACGGUGAGGGUUUUGAGUAUUUUGUGUACGUAAUGACCAAAGGAGAGCAGCUCAGCCCAGAAGAUGCGGCUCUGGAACAGAGACUUCUGGAGGAACCCAAAUCCCAACCCGCCUGCUGUCCCACCCCUCAGGAUGAAGAAAAUAAUGACUUCCUGUGCAAUAUUAACUUAUGAUGUUGCUGAAAUGUGGACAUUAAUUUGAGGAAUAUUUUAUGUCUUAUCCUACAGAAGCAGAAGCAAAGUGACAGAUUUAUUACUUUUAGUGUUGAAAAUAAUUUUAAACACACUUUUAUCUCAAUUUUUAGUAUUUUUAAUAUUUUAGCUUUUGUAAACUUUUAUACAUGCUGUUGCUACUAUAGAAAUAUUUCUGCAAAUUCAUGUGAAUGUGAUCAGGACUGCUUUUUGUCAAAUUCUAACAGGUAUUUUUAGGAUUGUAUUUUUUAACACAACUCAACUGUAUCAGUCUAGCCAUAAACCAAAUAGUUGCCUUUAGCAUAGUUUUAGGUUAGGUUUAGUAAAAAGUGAACAAGCCAAAGCUGAAUAAACAGGCAGCCUUUUGAGGAUACAUAUUUUUCUUCCUGAUGCAAACAUUUCAGUGUUUUUCUAUAAUUUUUUUCAACUAAAAGGAGCAAGUUGGUGUGUAACAUAAGAUACUGGCAUUAGAUUAAAAAAUAUUUUCAGGGAAACCAUGGUUUAUAAAAUUAAUAAUUUAGCAUUGACAUAUGGUUAAUGCAUCUCAAAAAUGUACAAAAUUUGCACAUAAUAGCCAAUAUUUGUGCAUAGAUAUACAAAAAUAAUGCAUGUUGUUCUAACUUAAAAGAAAAAGACCAGAAAAUUGUGCCAUAUGUGUAAAUUCAAACCAUUUACUAUAAUUCUCCAAAAGAAUAUUUUGACAGCACAACUAUUGGCUAUAAAAUCCACAGAUCUGGCUUCGGAAAAGGGACAAGAAGACCACAAAAAGCAUAGAGGCCACAGCAAAUAUAUAGAAUAAGGCACCUGGGUUAGAUCAGACCAAAAUGUAACUUUGGACCAAUGAAACUAUGUGAAAAUUAUGUGAAUACUUCCUCCCCACAUUUAUUCUCUACCUUGUGUUGGUCCAUAACAUAAAAUAAAAACAUUGAGGAUUGAGAUCUUAAUAGAAUGAGAUGUAGAAAAAGUUCAAAAAGCUCUUAAAUAGUAACAGUACUACAAAAAGUUACCAUCCAGCAGCGGAUGGUUAGUUAUGAUCCGUUGUGAAUCCCCUCCUGUAUGUGUCAGAGGUUUCGGUCUUGCUCUUGGUUCUAAUUCAUAUCGUAAUCACUAACAAAAUCCCUGCAGGUUCGCAUUCAGCUCCAGUGUUUGCGUUGCAGUUUGAGUUUGCCACGUUCAAGAGAUUUGCAAAACAAACCAUCAUGUCUCAAUCCAACACCUGAGAGCCGCAGCAUUCUGCCUGUUGAGAAGGUGUUAAAACUCCAUCAGUAUGUCUGUUAGCAUCCCCCUCUCGUCUGCUGCUGGUGUCGGUUUUAUGUUCAACACAAAAGCUUCAAGGUGCUUCAUGCCAUGUCUCACACAACAGUCAAACAGCAUUUAUGCACAUUUGCUCCCACCCUACAUGCUAUUUGUUCAAGACACUCGAUACUGGGUGUCGGGUCAUGUGCUCGCCUGCUGCUUAAAAUAACGGCACACACAGCUAUGCAUGCAGACAGGGAGGAGGACUUCUGACUGGAGGGGAGGGGAUCACAUUAAUAAAGUAGAAAUCAUUUAUUUUUAAUACUCUACCAAGAUCUAAUUAACGCCUAUUUUUAAGACUUACGGAGAGAAGAUGUGAUUUUUCUGAAGGCUGCUCUUUCCUUACACGGUUAGCUUGUUGGAGCAACAUCAUGGUGUGGUCAGCUUCAACGCUGUUGUUUAUCAGACUAAUCUCACUGUAUGGUCUGCUUGUUUUAGCUGGCAUCGCAAAAUAAAAUUAUACAUAUUUAAUGGACUUACAAUAUUAAUGAGCUAAAUGAAGUACAAUGCUUUGCUCCAGACACAGAUUUCUUUGAUUUUUUUUUUCAGAAAAUGCAACUUUAGAUGAAGCUGCUAAUUAUGAGAUUGUCAUGUUUUCAGUAACAUCCAAAGCUGUUAAAAACUAAAAGGCCUUUUAAACUAACCCUGUGGCCUAUUAUUAAUCAUUAUGUUGAUAUUAUUGUUUCAGCUUCAGAAGCUGGAAACUGCGUCAUAUGUAUGACCAACUUAAAAAUCGAUACUGUGUAAUCUACAGACUCAGUAGCUGUUUACAGUUCUGUUGUUGUUGUAUUAAUGCAUUAUUCUCAUUCUGUCUUUCCAAGUUGACUGCUAACAUUAUGUACAGAAACACAAUCUUAUUUCAAGAUGUUUCUGUGAAAAAGAAAAAAAAGUCCUAACAUUAACAGUACAUACAUACUUAUUGUUCUCCAUUUGUAUUUGCAUAAAGGUGCUUACAGUGUUUUAAAAUAAAUGCAUGUUUUGCAUGCAGCGUCCUAAUAUCGCUAUAAAAUUCUUAGCGGUUUUUCUACAGAAAAAUGAAGCCAGUCUGGUCUAACGUCAUUCAUGGGAACGGGGAGGUUUUCCAUGUAGGCUUUGGUUGUUUUGAAUCUAAACCUUAACUGGAGUGUUUUUUGCAGAAAAGCUCAACAUCAGUUUAAUCUAACUAAAGCACACAGUUCUAGUUAAAGUCCAAGUAGAUAUUAGAUAAUUACACGUUUAGUGAUGGUAAAACAAAAAAAAUGUUUACCUAUUUUUUUAAAAUUACACUCAACCAGUCGGCUUUUAGAUAGCAUUUACAGGUUGAUAUGGAGACUUGGUGUUUGCUGCAGUUUUUGCAACAUUAAUCUUUAAAGUUCCCCUUUUCCCUCUAACCCUAACCAGCAAAAUUAUACAUUUUUAAUGGACUUACAAUAUUAAUGAGCUAAAUGAAGCAGCUCAAUGUUGUGGAUUACUAAAACUCUGCUUCAAAGGGCUAAACAUACAGUAAAUGUAAAAUAAAUGCUUUAGACGACUUUAUUUUAAGAGGUAUGUAUUUUUCAGGCCUUUUAAUAGAACAAUCAGUAAACUAUGUUACCUCUAGUUAUUAUACAAAUGCUGUAUGUAUCAAACAUAAUGUAAAAGAAAGUUGGUUUCACAACUCGA